AUGGCCGGCUCCGGCGCGUGGAAGCGCCUGCGCUCCCUGCUGAGGAAGGACGACGCGCCGCUCUUCUUGAACGACACCAGCGCCUUCGACUUCUCGGACGAGGCGGGGGACGAGGGGCUCCCGCGACGCUUCAACAAGCUGCGCGUGGUGGUCGCCGCCGACGACGACGACUCGGAAAGCCCCGGAAGGCCCGCCAACGGCGCGCACCCGGCCCUCCAGGCCGCCGCCGGGGCCGCCGGGGCCGCCGACGACGACUCGCUCCUGGAUCAGGAUCUGCCCCUGACCCACAGUCAGCUGAGCCUGAAGGUGGACCCCUGCGACCGCUGCAGCCGGCGGAGGGAGCGGCUGAAGCAGAGAAAGGUGAAAACCAGGUUGACCAUUGCUGCCGUUCUUUACUUGCUUUUCAUGAUUGGAGAACUUGUAGGUGGAUACAUAGCAAAUAGCCUAGCAAUUAUGACCGAUGCACUUCAUAUGUUGACCGAUCUGAGUGCCAUCAUACUCACGCUGCUUGCUUUGUGGUUGUCUUCAAAGUCACCAACCAGAAGAUUCACUUUUGGAUUUCAUCGCUUAGAGGUUUUGUCGGCCAUGAUUAGUGUGCUGUUGGUUUAUGUUCUUAUGGGAUUCCUUUUAUACGAAGCUGUGCAAAGAACUAUCCAUAUGAACUAUGAAAUAAACGGAGAUAUCAUGCUUAUCACCGCAGCUGUUGGAGUCGCAGUUAAUAUAAUAAUGGGGUUUCUGUUGAACCAAUCUGGUCACCAUCACUCCCAUUCCCAUUCCCUGCCUUCAAAUUCUCCUACCACAGGUUCUGGUGGACACAGCCAUGGGCAGGAUAGCUUGGCGGUGAGAGCUGCGUUUGUCCAUGCCCUGGGGGACUUGGUACAGAGUGUUGGUGUGCUAAUAGCUGCCUACAUCAUACGAUUCAAGCCAGAAUACAAGAUUGCUGAUCCCAUCUGUACAUACAUAUUUUCAUUACUUGUGGCUUUUACAACAUUUCGCAUCAUCUGGGACACAGUAGUUAUAAUAUUGGAAGGUGUACCGAGCCAUUUGAAUGUAGAUUAUAUCAAAGAAGCCUUGAUGAAAAUAGAAGAUGUAUAUUCUGUGGAAGAUUUGAAUAUCUGGUCUCUCACUUCAGGAAAAUCUACUGCCAUAGUUCACAUGCAGCUAAUUCCUGGAAGUUCAUCUAAAUGGGAAGAAGUACAGUCCAAAGCAAAGCAUUUAUUGUUGAACACAUUUGGCAUGUAUAAAUGUACUAUCCAGCUCCAGAGUUACAGGCAAGAAGUGAACAGAACUUGUGCAAAUUGUCAGAAUUUCAGUCCCUGAUUUGUACGUGUUUUGGGGCCUACUGCCUUAUUUAUCCACAGUCAUAGACUUGAGAGCAAUAAAAGCAACCCUAAGUGAGAAAAUGGAAUCACUGACAGCUGUGUCCAUAGCGAGCACCAGUCUCAAAACAGUCACUCCAGCCUGCCUAUGUGAGACUCUGUUCAAUGUAAAAUGAGCCGUUACCAUGAUUGUUGGAUGAAGAAGUUUCAAAAUACUGUUUACAGAAUGAGAUGUUACUCUACAGAUACCUCAUGGAAGACAAUCCAGUCCCGUACUUCAUCAAUCUGACAGAAUAUGUGUCUUCAGGAAGCAUCAGAAUUCAGUAUUUGCAUUUAAACACACUUUUUAAAGGCCAUUUUAUACCAAGCCAGUGCUAGUAAACUCAGUUGUAUUUUUUAAAUUAUGUAAUCUUGACAUUCAGCUUCUAGAAUUGCUGCCUCUUUUUACCAAAAUUACUUCUCAACAGAUUUCAGAAAGUACUAGUAAUUAUUCAGAGAAGGGAAUAAGCAUGUAUUCCUAGGUGUCUCAGAACUGUUCAUUUCACAAAUAAGUUUUAAUGUUAUAGUUAUACUUAACAUUUUUUCCAGAUAUUGCUGAGUCUUGAAUCUCAAAGUUAAUGUUUUUUAUUAUUUGUAAUCUUGUCACAACAAAAUCUUCACAAAUUAUGGUCAUUGUCAUUAAGUUAUUUAGAAAAUAUUUUAAUAUAAUUCUGAAUGGCAGAAAUUAGGCUUAACCUCAAAUUACCAUAUGAUUAUUUAAAAUAAUAAAGAAGGGAAGAUGGGAUUGGAGUCUCAAAUUUAUAUCUUCCUAAAAUCACUUUUAUUGUGAAAUUUUCUUAAAAUCAGUAAGAGACUGCAAAAUGUAAGUUAUUAUCAUCUAUCCCUUUAAGAACUGCCAACAUUUUGUAUAGUUUGCUUGGUACUAUAUGAGCCUAUAUGAAAGUAACUUUAUAGGGCUACAUUUGAGUUUGUAAUGCCACAUGCAGAUUGACCACUUCAGAGAGAAUGUCUGAUUUAUGAUAGAGGAUAGAAACCUCAAGAUACAAAUUUGAAGUUUUCUCGGAGGGGUUGGAGGAGAUAUUAGUUUGAGAAAACAAAUGGAAACAGUUUUUGAUGUGUGUGUGUGUGUGUGUGUGUGUGUGGAGAGAGGGUGGGGGAGAGGCAGAAAGGGCACGAGAGCACACUGGGAUGGGGAUUGAUGUCAAAUCUGUGUUGUAGAGACAGCAUAUUUCCAGACUGAAGACAACCUAAUUGGAAACUGUGUUAAGAGGUAGCGGUGAAUAUUCAUGUUUCAUUUAGCAACCAUUGUUUUUGAGUUAACUUUGUGCACACUAGAACUCCCUGUUCAAUAUGCACUCUUCAUAGGAUUCUUGGCUCCUCAAAGAAUCAGUGUAGAGUAACAAUGUACCAGACAAGUUGUGAAUUAAACUUCUAGGUAGGCCUGCCAGAUAACUUACAAAUGAAGAAUGGGAAACAGAAUCCAUCUUCUUAGCACAUACUUUAUUAGUAACCCAAAAUAAGGUAACCUGAAUUUGCCUAAAAGGUUGCUGGGAAAAGAUGUUUUCAGUAGCAGAGUUGAUGGUAUCUAGGAAACUCAGUACAAGAUUCAAGAACUGAUAGAUUCUUUGGCCUCUUGUACUUCUCCCACAGAGAAGGAUAUUAACCUAGCAUCUACAGCCAAGGACUGCAUAGCUUCUGACAGCUUUGUUCUGUCCUUCCUGUGAUGAGCUGUAACACAUGGUGGUUACACCGCUCAGCUGAGCCCUGGGAAGCUUGUCUCUUACCCUAUGAACACAGGGGCUGAGUUGGACAAACACAGCAUUACUAAUUUUGCACUUGGAAAAACACAUCACAGCAUUUCUUCAAUACAGUGUUUUCUAAGUAAUAUUUGUAUCCAUUAAUCUGAGUUAUUUCAUACUUUAAUGUUUCACAGCACUGCCUGGUUACAGAUACUUUUUGUUGAUCUUGCUUCCUUUACAAAUGUAAUGGGAAUGCGGUUCAAUAGGAUAAAUUUCUGAGAGAUUGAUGUGCAGUACUGGAAGCUAUUGUAAUUCCUACAUUUCCUUUAGCUAUGCUUCAUGUACUGUGAGACUGUACUUCUACAACUAUAGUCUCCAUCAGUAUUGUUUGCCAAGUCACUGGAUGUCUUAUUUUGCUGAUUUUUUUCCCCCUUGGAUGCUUUAUGUCUAUUCUCUACCACUAAGAUUCCUGCUCUUAGGAGUCUCAGUAUUCUGUCUCUCCCACCCAGGUGAUCUUUCCAGAAUGGACAUGUCAAGAACAGAUACAAAUACAAGAGCUUAUUUUAAUGUAAGCAAAAACCAUUUUUCAGAGAGGAUGCACCACUAGGAAGUGUAUUUUUCUGGGGAGAUCUUUAAAAACAAACCACUCAUUGUUCCUGGUUUAGAUUGCUACACACUAAACUUCAUAAAGCACAUGAGAGAGACAGGCUGCAGCCCCUGUCAGGACCAAACAACCACUCUGCACAUUGUCUUCGAGAUAAUCAUUUCAUUCUAAAAGCAAACAUAGUUCAGCUACAUUAUUUUCUUCAUAUAUGUUUAUUUUGGUUGGCUCACCUAACAAGAUGUUAUCGAAUUUGAACCCAUUCUAAGAAGUUUUAGACAGUUCUGCUGUGAAUUACCUUGCACAUCAUACAUUUAAAGUUACAGAAUAUGGACCUAGAUAAAAGAUGAGUUCACUUGGUUCAGGAGGCAAGUCUGAUCUCCAGAUAAUUGGUGAAGUUUAAUAUCUCUAGCCGGAAACUGUUUGCACACUCUUAACUCCAGAUAAGUCAUGUGAAUCCCGUCAGCGAGGGCUUUAGGUCUGGUUUGGAGUUCACGAGUCUAGCACACCACUUGUGGUAUGAGAGGGAACAUGGCAAGAGCAUGAAGAGGAGAUAGUGUGGGGAGUUCUCAGUGCAGUCACUGCGCUCGCUUACAAGUGGCUUAGCUGCUCUUCCAAUGAUCACAUUGAAAGGACCAACAGGCGUUUUGUGAUUUUCCUUCAGAUCGGAUCACAUUUGUGGAGUCUUUCCUAGCGAAAUCUGUGAUAGUAUCAAAUUUAAAUAGUGUAGCGAGAUAAAAUUGAAAUGUGUCAACAUUUCCACAUUCACUCUGGAAGAUGCUGUAUAUUCGGAAAGCUUAGCCUUCUCUAAAUGUUAUUUAAUAAGCCAUAUCACAGUUUAAGAAAUUGUAGAUACUUUUCCAUAUGCCCCUUUAGAAACCAAGUAUUUUACAAAUGAUUGAUUUUGGAAAGAUUUUGAGACUGGGGUUUUGUCCAUGUAAUUAGGAUCAAAGUGUAUGUACUGUAUUUGCAAUUCAAAUUGUAAUUUCCUAUAUGUUUAUUAAUAAAGUGUCAUUUUGCCAUGUGGUUUAUUAAAAAAUGUACAGUCGGUUAAAUUUUUGUUCUUUUCAUCAAUUGUAGUAGGCCUUAAAACAUACUCUUAAUAAAAAGCAUUGAACAUUGUAACCUA